CGCCAUGGUGGAGGAGGAGGCGUCGUCGUCGUCUUCUUCGUCGGCGCUGGAUUCCUUCCGCCGCCGCUGGCAAGCCGAGUUGGCCCGGGAAGAUCCGAGGCGGCGUCGGCAGAAGAGCGGCGGGAGCCGGAAGAGGCCUCGGGAAACGGAAGGCGAAGAGCCUCAGCCGGUGCGAAGCUGGGGCGGCUACGGGGGUCUCGUCGGGGGGCUGCUGGAGGAAGCGCCGCCGCCGCCAGCGCCUCCUCCGCAUCUCACCUGAGGGGGACCCCGGCCCCGCUGCGGAGACCCCGGAGGCGGAGGAGGAGGAAAGGAGGACCUGCUGGGGCAGCUCAUCCGAGACCUGAACGAAAUCAACGAAGUUCCCUUCUUUGACGUCCAAUUGCCUUACGAAUUGGCGUUGAAAAUAUUUCAGUCCCUUGGCAGACUAGAGCUGGGCAGGUGCGCUCAGGUGAGCCGAACAUGGAAGAUACUGGCGGAAGACCAAGUCCUGUGGUUCCGGCUUUGUCAACAGGAAGGUUAUCUGUCUGACAGUCAAAUCUCGGACUUCCCCUGUUGGAAACAGACUCUCCGGGAAUGUCGGGAAAAGGAGCAGACUCUGCGAACCAACUGGAAAAACCGCGUCGGGGUUAUAAGGCAGUUGCAGCACGAAGUCGGGAAAAUUCUGUGCGAUGUGCAUUCCUGCAACGGAGUGGUCAUUGCUGGGUACACGUCAGGCGAUGUGAAGCUGUGGGACACACGCACCUGGGACUUGGCCCCCGUCCUGGAAGCGGAGCACGGCUCGGUGGAGCCUGGCCCGGCACAUGCCUCCUUUGUGAGAAUAAACAGCUCCCUGGCUGCGUCGGCGUACGAGGACGGGUCAGUUAAAGUGUGGAGCCUGUUGGUCGGUUCUGAGCCAAUCCACCGAUACCAGCACAACCAGAAGAUUCAAGCCAUGGCCCUUUCGACUGAGGGAGCCACCGUAGCGACCGCAUCCGGGUUCCAGGUCAAAGUAGAAAGUGCCAACGACAAAGGAUACUGGGGAACCCUGGCUGAGUUUGAGAUUCAGAAAUGGGUUAGCUUGCUCCGUCUUAUGCCUCAAACCUCAGGCUGCCCAGCUGCCGUAGUAGCGGCGGAGGACGCCAUCUACUUCUUGAAAGAAGGAGGGCCAGCUAAAGUCCUGCAUUGUGUCUAUGGCCAGCCGGUCACAUGCCUGGACGUCUCGGCCAAGGAGGCGGCAUUCGGAGUCAGGGGCCAAGGCUGGCUGAUCAACGAGACCAACAAGAUCCUCCUCUACAACGUGGAAACGGGGCAGUGCGUAACGCAACUCGGUGGCCCUAUGGGUGACUUCACAUGCCUCAACCUCCAGGAGAGUCCCCCCCACAUGCUGGUCGCUGGAAAUAAAGUCAGAAGGUAAAAUCUAAGCCAGGGUGGGUUGCCU